CCUCCGAGCAGCUGCUGGUUUGAUUCCUUUCCGGGUCCACAGUUUCUUCCCGGGAGUCCCUCCGUCGUCCUCAUGAACACCCUGAACCAGCAGUACGAGGAGAAGGUGCGUCCCUGCAUCGACCUCAUCGACUCUCUCCGCUCUCUGGGGGUGGAGAAGGACUUGGCGCUGCCUGCUAUCGCCGUGAUCGGAGACCAAAGCUCGGGGAAGAGCUCCGUGUUGGAGGCGCUGUCCGGGGUGGCUCUGCCGCGAGGCAGCGGCAUCGUGACGAGAUGUCCUCUGGAACUGAAGAUGAAGAGAAGGAGAGAAGGAGAGGACUGGUACGGGAAGAUAAGCUACCAGGACCAUGAAAUAGAGAUAGAAGACCCUGCAGAUGUGGACGGCUUGAUUAGAGAAGCUCAGAUCAAAUUGGCCGGGCAAGGGGUGGGCAUCAGUGAUGACCUCAUCAGUCUGGAGAUCGCCUCUCCUGAUGUUCCAGACCUGACGCUCAUUGACCUGCCCGGCAUCACCAGGGUGGCUGUAAAGGGACAAGCGGAGAACAUCGGAGACCAGAUAAAGAGACUGAUCCAGAAGUUUAUCUUGAAACAAGAGACCAUCAGCUUGGUGGUGGUUCCAUCCAACGUGGACAUAGCGACCACGGAGGCUCUGAAGAUGGCUCGGGAGGUGGAUCCUGAUGGAGACCGGACUUUGGGUAUCUUGACCAAGCCCGACCUGGUGGACAAAGGCACGGAAGAGUCGGUGAUUGAAAUCGUCCACAACGAGGUCAUCCCCCUGAAGAAGGGCUACAUGGUGGUCCGGUGCCGGGGUCAGCAGGAGAUCACGGAUAGGGUUUCUCUCACGGAAGCCACAGAAAGAGAAAAGGCCUUUUUCACCAACCACGUGCACUUCAACACUCUCUACAACGAAGGCCACGCUGGUAUUCCUAAACUGGCUGAGAAGCUCACGCUGGAGCUGGUGCACCACAUCGAGAGGUCUCUGCCUCGACUGGAAGAGCAGAUCGAGCAGAAGCUGGCGCAGACUCAAGCGGAGCUGGAGAGAUACGGCUGUGGACCGCCGGCCGACGCGGCGGAGAGAGUCUUCUUCCUCAUUGACAAAGUGACCGCGUUCACACACGACGCCAUCAGCCUGACGACGGGAGAGGAGCUCAAGUGUGGAGACGAGUUGAACAUCUUCUCUACACUCAGAAGAGAGUUUGGGAAGUGGAACGCCCACCUGGACAAAUCCGGAGACAACUUUAACCGGAAGAUUGAGAGAGAGGUGGAGGGAUACGAAGACAAGUACCGCGGAAGAGAACUGCCGGGCUUCAUCAACUACAAGACCUUCGAGGUUAUGGUCAAGGAGCAGAUCAAGCAGCUGGAGGAACCGGCUGUCAAGAAACUCAAGGAUAUAAGCGACACGAUUCGGAAGGUGUUCAUCCAGCUGGCCCAAAGUAGCUUCAUUGGAUUUCCUAACCUUAUUAAAACAGCCAAGACGAAGAUCGAAGCCAUCAAGCAGGAAAAAGAGUCCACGGCUGAGUCCAUGCUGAGGACCCAGUUCAAGAUGGAGCUGCUGGUGUACUCUCAGGACCGGACCUACAGCAACAGCUUGAGUGACAGGAAGAAGGAAGAGGAAGAGGAGGAUGAGGAUCAUUUACCGAAGAGUAUCGUGUACAGCAUGGAUAAUAGUGCAACAAUUCAGGAGCUGAUGUUGCACCUCCAAUCAUAUUACAAAAUCGCCAGUCAGCGCCUGGCGGACCAGAUCCCGCUGGUGAUCCGCUACCAGAUGCUGCAGCAGGCUGCUGCCCAGCUGGAGAGGGAGAUGCUGCAGGUGCUCCAGGACAAGGAGAGCUUUGAGUUCCUGCUGAAGGAGGACUUGGACACCGGCACCAAGAGGCUGGCGCUGCAGAGUCGCCUCAAACGCCUCAUGAAGGCCCGCACCUUCCUGGUGGAGUUCUAGUUCCAGAGAUCGGGCGUAGUCGGCACGCCGUGAACCGUGGCGGCAAGUUCAUAGUUGUGGGUAUUGUAGGCAUUUUAAAUAUUUGUUUUUGCUGAGGCUUUUAAAAAAAAGUUUUUUUACAUUUUUUCUUUGAUACCACUGCAAUGCUAACUUUUCUGACGGAUUUUUAAAUACGUCAUCUUUGAGUCACUUUAUUGCUUCCAGGCGUUAAAAGUGGGGAUAUUUUUUAUUAUAGUGCAAGGCAUUACAAUUAAAUUGUUAGUCCGAUAUGAAAAUAUAUAGAUACUAUUUAAAUGUCUUCAUGUGCUUUUGGGCUCCUGAACCAACGACAACUGUGCAACCUGCAGCUCAAAGCACAACAGCACGAGUCUGCUGUACCGCUUUUUAUUCAUCACUUAUAGUACAAAUGUGGUGAAUGUAUUGCUAUGGUAUUUUAUUUUUGUAUUCUGUCCUGUGUGAAAUGGACACAUUUGCUUUAGAUGUUACAUUUAGGCCCAAACAGCUCUAUAUCAGUGAGUGCCGAGUUAUUCUAAAUCUAAUAUUUACUUCUGCCUUCAUUCCGAGAGAAAGAAAAAUCCAAUGCCUGUUAUUUUAAACGGUAAAAGUAGAUGAUAGGAGCACAUUGUGAACCACUGUAAUCAAACGGGUAGUUAUUGUUUCUUCGACUGCAUCUUUUUCCUACUGUGCGAAUAUUUUUGCUUAAAUAAAGAAACUGUUUGACUUUU